CUUAUAAUUUAUAACGAUGGAUUAUCGUGAAAAAAGAGUAGCUCAUAUGACAACGGUUGCACCAAACAAAUGUUAUGCCAGGUACAAUACCUGUGAUGUGCUUUCUUCUUUGUUUAUUUCACUGUACAAAAUUAUGAUAAACAACAAUAAUGAAAAGGGGAACGACGGCAAUAAUUCGAAUUUUAUUUGUGAUUUUAACAAGUGGAAACAUUAUUACGAGAAUUUGAUAGACUCGAUUACGAAGGAAUUGGAUUUUUAUAAGACUGAGCACACCGUUCUACGAGCAGAAAUCGGUGCCAUUACAUCACAUAAAAUCGAGCCUAGUUCAAAUGAAUGCGAUAAUGAAUUGACAAAAUACAAAAAUGCAUCUGAAGCAGUGGUUAAAAAUCUGAAAUCACAAUUAGAACAACUGAGCCAAGAACAACGCAGUCUAUACACGUUAUGGAAUACAUCGCAAAAGAUUAUAUCGCAUUUGGAGUUGGAAAUAAACGAGAAAAAUAAAAUCAUUAAAGAUCCGACACUUAUUGAAGAGUUGAAACAGCAGCUCAAAAUUUCACAAGAAAAUUUUGCAGCAAAGAAAAGCAAAAUGAAAACUGAGUUGGAAAAAGAGAGGGAAAUUAAAUUGUGUCUAAUAAAGAAUUAUAAAAAUUCCGAGGAAAAGUUCAAAUUAUUGGAACAGAAAUACAGCGUUCUUUUAGCCGAAAAGCCCAGAUAUAUUAAACACAUCACAAUACUCGAACAGCAGUUGCAUUCUCUGAAGUCAUCGAACGUGGAACUUCAAAGUUCUAAAACUGAUUUAGAAAAACGAUUAUCAGAAUCAUUAUGUACAGUCCGAGAUUCCAUUAAAAGAGAACAGGAGGCAUUAGCGAAGGUUCAGGAGCUUCUUAACAUAACCGAUUUAGCUAUUGCCGAGAAGAAUGCUACUCUGUUGCGAGAAAAAGACAUUCGGGAUGACUGUGACCAUUUAACAUCAAGCAUUGCUGAAGUAUUCGAAGAAGCGGCAAAUAAAGUAGAGAAAGAAAGAACGGAAACAGAAAAACGACAUAUGGACAGCGUGAAACAGUUCGAGGAAAUCAUUGCUAGGAUGAAAGUUACACAGACUCAAAUAUCGCAUAACUAUUCAAUCGCUCAACAGAAAAACCAACUACUUGAAUCCAAACUGAAAGAGUCAGAAGAAACAAAUUCGAAAUUAGAUGCGGACCUGCAAGUAGCUUCAUUGCAAAUUGUGGACCUGGAAAUGAAACUCCAAGCAGCAGAGAAAGUAAAUAGAAACGAAAAAGAAGCCAACAAAAUUUUAGAGAAAAGGACACAAGAAUUUCAAGACUUCCUUGACAAAAAGAAGCGGUUAAAUGAGAGGUAUUUGCAUUGCGACGAUGCAGUUUGCAUUUUUUUUUCUAAAUCUGAGAGCACACAUGCAUAUUUAUUAAGCAUUAAAACCUUGGAGAGGCGAAUUU